ACUAUGCUAGUUGUGAGGCGAAGCCUGGUCACUACUAUGAUAGGCUGCUGAAGAAAUGCAUCAAAUGUGCUGAGAUUUGUGGCAAACAUCCAGCAGAGUGCUCUCAGCACUGCUCCACUCUGCCACCUCCCGUGACCACCAAGAUGCUCCUCACUGAAGUCCCUAAAAAGGACCCAAACUCAAGGGUGCUCCUCACAAAGACGGAUGACUUCUCCAUCCUGCUGUACUCCCUCCUGGCCGUGAGCAUGUUGUUGGUGUUUAUCAGCCUCGCUCUGGCUUUGGUAGCCUUCCUGAAGGGACGCAGGGCCAAACUCAGAUCUACAGAACCCAUGGAAGCCCCCCAAAACAGGCCGAAUUGUGUGGUCCAGCCAAUAACAAAGCUUGACAUCCCUGUCGGCCUGGCAACGAUGAGCCCAAACGAUAUUCAAACAAGUCCUGGAUCGCCCCCCAACUGUGAGCAACCAGAUGACUCCAGCCCAACAGAGACCUGCGUGUGUGUUCACUGUUUCCCUGAUCUGAGAACUCUUGGUCAGGACAGCCAAAGGCCACUGAGAGGACCUUACUCCUUCUACCAGCAGGCUGUGCUUCACAAAGCCAACAUCCCAAAAAGCGAACCGGUCUGCACUGAGGAGACCAUCCAAAGUUCUGGCCUGAGGGUUCAGGAGGAAGCAUAUGGACACCAUAAAAACAUCUAACUGGACAAGGGUAACGGAAAACUGUGCCCCUGAAGCACCCGCUUCAUUUAAAUCAAUUAACUCUCUUUUUCACUUUUUUUUAGUUUAUUAAUAAUCAAGUUAACAGCAGAAUGCCUAUCUUUAAGACAUCAAUUUAGA